GUAUUCUGGGCAAGAAGGUGAGGGCGACCCCCCACUGGAGUCUGCGUACCGCGCUUGCGACGGUUGAGCUGUGCUUGAGGACGGGAGCCGGCAAACAAGAUGGCGCGAUGGUUGUCACCCCCUGUCUAUUCUAGCGGUCCGGAAGUACCCAUAGACAGAAGGGAAGGGGUAUUUGCUGUUCUCCCAGAGGAAGGGACGUGGACGGACCUGGAACCAGCCUAUGAAACUGUGAUGCUGGAUGAAAAGGACGCGUUCCUCUGGAUAGAGACAAUCUGGACUAAGGUCAGCCUGACAAGACUUUCACCCAGCCUGAUGGACCUAGAAUUUCGGGGAACGGUGGAAGCUCGAGGAUGGGUCUACGUAUCUCAGGAAAUGGAMAAUGCAAUGGUAGUGGGACUAGUAUUGGGCACGGCACCAGAUCAGUUGUUUGAGCAAGCGGAACGGGAAGUGGUAUGGGCGACAUGCCAGCGGGCGGAGAUGGAGAUGGAAAACUUUGAGGUGCGAGUGGAACUCGGAGAUCGAAAAAAUAUGAGACGUCCUCUUAGGACAAUGAGGUGUGUGUUACCUCCGUUCUUGGUGGAUGCGGUCUUUGGGACCAAGGAUAGAUUGGAGCGGAUAUGUCAGUCGAUGACGCGCUUGACACUGUACCAGCGUGCUCGGCAGAAUUUCUUUAGACUGUCGGUGGAAGUGGGGCCGUUUGAGGGGAACUGGGCGAAGGAACUAGCUGAGAUGAUGGCCGAGGAUGAGGAGGACCCCCAGGGCGCAGGGUCACGUGAGGGACGCAGGAUCGGUCAGGACGAGGCCAGUUAUGGAGGAAAGGAUAAUAGCCACAAGGGAACACCUAACAAGAAGGGGAACGACAAGAACGAUCCCCCGGCGGAAGGGACGGAAAACGCUAUGACCCCACCCGCCAUUGACAGCGGCACUCGCCGACUGUCCGCCACGCCAAAAGUAACAGGGUCGUGCGAUGGACUCUGGAGCCUUAGGGAAAGGGUGUUAGGAUGGUUUGACCCAGAAGGAAUGCCGAAAACCAUGGAGAAGCAGAAGGAAAGUAAGUAAGGGGAACGGACUAGUGCUGCUGGAGAAGCGGGUAGCUCCGAUGGUGGUCUCAAGAGGAUAGUCGCCACCCUCACCCGAGCACUAAACAAAAACUAGGGAUAGCU